AUUAAUGAUUUUCAUGAUGGCAAUAGAGACAAGUGCUUGGAUGUGGAAGAAGAGAAAUUUCAGUGCUUCGAACAAACAAUCUGCCUCUGAAGGUGAUCCAUGGCAGGAACAGUCCUUUGCAGAAGACUCAUUUGAGUUACUGUGCGAGUGCAUAUGGCCUCCUAGGUACUACUCUUGCAGCUUUUGUAGGAAAGAGUUUAAGUCAGCCCAGGCCCUUGGUGGUCACAUGAAUGUUCAUAGAAGAGAUAGGGCCAGAUUAAGGCAGUCACCCGACUCUCAGAGUGAAAUAAAUCAACACUCAGGUGGAUUUCCAGAUGCCCAUCAACACCCACCUGGAGUUUCUCCCAUGGUGAUCCUAAACCCUGACUCUAGGCCUGACCAUAGUUCUCCUGAAACUGAUCCUACCCGUCACAUUCGUGGUGCUCCAACAUCUGCAGUUUCUAGUUCAACCACCUUCUGCUGCAAUGGCGCUAGCAAACAGGCUUUGAACUGCCGGCAUUGUUCCUAUCGGGAGCCACCACUCUGUGAUCCACAUUUAAAGAUCGCCGGUGAAUUUAACCUUAGUUCUGCAGGCGAUUUAAAGUCCAUAAAUGAUCUGAACUGUGAUGUUCCAUGGCAAGAAUUGGCAAUUGGAUCGCCAGAAUCGCUCCUUGAGCAGAAAAUAUCCGAUGAGACAAUGAAGCCACUGCAAAGAAGAAAAAACCCAGAAAAUGCAGCACUGGCACAUUGGCCUUGUGCUCAAGGGAGACUGCCCCAUCCCUUCUACUUUACUCUGACUUGCUUGGUCGAACCCAAUCCAUUGUUGAGGAUUUAGAUCUUGAGCUCAGGCUGGGAGUAAGGUCUACGGUUAACUGAAAUGCUCUGUUGUUUUCAGUAUUUCUUCCUUCUUUUGCUUUUAUCUGUAACCAAAUCGUUACCAAUAUGGAGACUCUGCCUCUUUCUUCAAUCAUUUGUACAAGUAUCAUGAGGAGGAAGACAACCGGAGAAAUCCCCU